AUGGACGAUAGUAUGAAUCAAACAUAGCCAAAAAAGAGGAUAUUCUACAUUCGAAAGAAAGCAGAUGAAUAAUAAAAAUAAUCUAGAUUAUAUUCUUAGGUCACAGGACCAGAAGGAAAAGUGUAUUUGCAAGGGGGAGGAGUAUUUAUUCAUCAUUAACUUAGUCAUUCAAUCCAGGUUUAUCCAUAGGUUCUAAAAUGAUGGUGAAGAAGCCUACUUCAGGCGUGCCAUCCUAGAUUAGUAGGGGAUAGGAUAAAUAGGAUCCAAGGGUCAGUACACCCAAAGGGCCAAUCAGUAGAAUUUCUGAAUUAGAUGAGGAAGAGAAGAAGAAUGAAGUUGAGGGUCCUUAGGUAUAUAUUCGAAUUCUAUAUGUUAAGUUGAAAAUGAAGAAAGAGCAUAUAUCAUUUUUGGUCAAAACUGAAACAGUCGGUUAUGAUAAUGUGGUUGUUUCAAAUAAUGGAAGUGCCGCUAUUUAUUAUGAAUGGAAGAGAAUUGAGAGCGUAAGGAAAUAGCCUAAUUCAAUCUAAGAUAUAAAUGAGGAGAGGUUCUUUUGUCAUCAUGAUUAAAAUGUUAUCAAACCUGGAGAAAGAAUUAAAUUUGUGUUUAGUUUUCUAUCCAAACAAGCAGGUGUGUUUAACGAAGAAUGGGAAUUGAAAUGUGAGCCUCCGUGUUUGACUUAAUUACCAAAUUUGAAAUUGACAGGCAUAGCAUUUAUAGAUGAUGAAUUGACAAAUGGAAGAAAAGAAUUUCAAAAAUAAGUGAAAAACAAAUUUGCAUUGAAAAUAGCAACUGAAAUAGUUGAUGAUAUAUUUGAAGAAGUCAAAACCCCACCUCCACCUAAACCAGAUCUAAGUGACCCUGAAUAAUUCAAAAUUGAAUUUGAAGAACUCAAUUUGGGAGAAUAAUUAUGGUUUACUCAUGAAAUUAUGAACUUCUUUAAUUUCUCAUCAGAUGAAAUAUGCUAAGUAUUGAAAUAGGAUAUACCUUGGAAUGGAGAUGUUAAAUUGCUAAGACAAUCAUGUCAUACUAUAGAUGAGGAGGAAGUUAAAGAUUUAGUAUUACGUAAAUUGGAAUUGUGGGUUAAGUUAGCCAAGAAAGUGCCAAUCUCUAGGAAUCCUAUUUACAGUGUAGUAAAGGAUUUAUUAGGAGAUGUGGCUAAUCAAGUUCCUCAAUUAUCUGAGGAUAUGCGUAAAGAAUUGCAAAUUUGGGACUAUACUUUUCAUGAACCUGAGGAUUUAACACCAGAGAAGGCUAAAGCUAAAUUGGAUGAAUUCAAUAAAAUGAAAGCAAAUUGGUUAAAGAAUGCAAAAAAGAAGAAGUGGAAUGAUGAAAUGGAAAAAGAAUUGAUUGAGGAGUAUAAAACUAAAUUGGGAGCUAAAGUGGCUGAAGCAUUGGCAUAAGCAGCUAUCAAAUUAGAAAAUGAUGGACAAUUAUUAUAAGUAGGAGCUAUGAUGAAACCAGAAUUAAAAUGGAAUGUAUUUAGAAGGAGAAGAUAUUAAUCUACUUAUUUUUAUGAUUUACUUAGAAAGAAAACAAUUUAAGAUUCAGAUAUUGAAGGAAAAAAAAUUGGAUUAAAGAUUCAUCUAAAAUUAGCUAAUAGACCAGAUGUUUAUGAACUUAAAGAAAAGUUUGAGUAAACAUUACUCAAAGAAUAAGAAGAGGAAAACAAGAGAUUGGAAGAAGAAAGAUUGGAAAAGGAAAGAUUGGCUUAAGAAGCAGCUAAGAAAAAAGGAAAAGGUAAACCAGUCAAAUAAAAAGAAGUUGAAGUUGUUUAAGGUACUAUUUCAUUAAUACUAAUAGUCUAAUAAAAGAACUAUGAUUUAAGUCAUCUAGAUUAAGCAACACUUUAAGAAUGUGUUGACACUAUCAAACUAUUGAUGGAACGAUAAGCCAAGAUUGUAGUAUUACUUGUAAGUUAUGACAAUCCAAGUGGAAAGUAUAAGUUUACAUCAUCAACUAAAUUCUUUUAUGAAUGGUUAAAGACACAUGUUGAAUGUCCUGUCUAUUUUAAUGAUGCUAUCAUUGAAAAUUUGGAUGAACAAUUAGAAACUCAAACCUAUUAAGAGAAUAGUGUUUUGGUAUUAGAAAAUCUAUUCUUCUACCCAGAUGAAGUUGGUUACUCUGAAGAAGAACCUGAUAUUGAAUCCAAAACACCAUACAGAACCCUAUUACCUUAUGGCAAUAUUUACAUAAUAGGAGAUAGAGUGAAUUUCUUUUCAAGAUUCUACCCUUCGAUCAUCCAUAUGAAUGCAGAUUAAACAAUCCUAUCAUCAGCUAUUGCAAAAGAUAUUCAUAUUUUAUGUCAUAAUCUAAUGGGAUGCUAAGAUCGAAAUGGAACUCUCAUUAUAGGUGGAGACCUGACUGGUGAUAAACUAUUAACAAUUGAUCAAUUAUCUGGUCAUCUUUCAUCCAUAAUCUUAUUGGGUAAAUUGGGAUUAGCAUUCUAUUUAACUAUGUAUGAGAUACAAAGCGAGCUUGUGUCUGAAGCUGUUAGAGAGGUUAUCAAAAAUCUACUUAAUGUUCUCAGAGAUGAGUCAACUGAAAAACCUCCUUAAAGGUUAACUCGAAUCAGUCAUCUUCCAGAACAGCCAAAACCAAAGGCAAGAUUAAUUUGUCCACAAGAUUAUUUAAUUACGACACUUCCUGAAGGAUAUGAUCCAGCAAAUUAAGAACAUGUUUAGAUUGUGACUAGUAGUAUUGCACCUUUUGUACCUGAAGGCAAUAUCUAACUUGAAGAAGGAAAGAUACUCUUAGAUUAUGGACCUAAGACUAUUGAAAUUGUUAAACAGGAAAUCUAAAAUGCCCAAAGAUUAUUUUGGAUAGAUGAUGCCAAUCUUGGAUUAUACAACAUUUAAAAAUAAAUAACUGUUCCUGAUUUCGAAGCUAUUGCUUUACUAAAGAAAUUAAGAGAGGAAGAAGCUGAAAGAGAAAGAGAGAGAUUAGAAAAGCUAAAAGAAAAGAAAGGUGGAAAAGGCAACAAGAAAGGUCUCAAAGAAGAACCACCCAAGGAACCUAUUAAUAGUAUUACAUAAUCCUCAUUAUUUUAUAGUUAAAACCACAAAGGAGAUUAAUGUUCCUGUCUUCAAUCUCACUAAUACAGACCUAGGAUUCUUUAUUUAUGAGAUGAAUCAAGAAAAGAAGGAUAGACAUUAACAUGCCUAAAAGUAAGGCCAUCAAGUUCCUUACGAUUUCAAUUAAGAUUGUGUAGUCACAAUUAUAGGUGAAAAAUUGGAGAAGGUUCUUAAUUAAGAAGACUUUCAAAAUAUAGGCAAGGAGGAAGAAAUUGAAUAGGCUCCAGAACCAAGUUAAAAGGGAUCCUAGUUCCCUUAAAGUGAGGCAGGAGAAGAUUAAAAGGAACAAGAGGAAGAGUAAAUUGAGGAAGAGAAAGUCAAGAUCAAUUAAGUAAAUUUAAUCAAAUAAAUAUAAGGUGAAACAAUUAUUAGCUGAUUUCUUUAUAUAGGAUUAAGAUUUCACUCUUUCAUUUCUAGCUGGAAAUUAAAUUCACAUCCAAACACUUGACGAGUAUCCACCAAAACCAGAAUCUGAAAUUAAUGAGGAGUAGUAUUUUGAAGAAGAUAGUACUCCUUGA